GCGGGAUUGAUCGUCGAUCGCGAAGAUGGCUGCUGGCUGCCUGCUGGCCUUGACUCUGACACUUUUCCAAUCUUUGCUGCUCGGUCCCUCGUCGGAAGAGCCGUUCCCUUCGGCCGUCACAUGUCUUGGCGCUCCCGGCCGCUAGGUGGCACCUGGAGGAGCGCAGGCGUGGUGGUGACGCAUGCGCAGUGCCCAUAGCUUUAGCCAUUGGAUCUACACUCGCGCCCAUCUGUUCUCACGUGCGCUCCUGUAAUCCCGCCAUAUUCCUCUUUCUCUGGGAGCGGCCGAGCUGAUCGGGAGGCCCGAGAUGUCUGAGCUGCGGGCAAACAGCACUGUCCCGCACACCGAUGCCGAGGAUGGGGACCGCGACGCCCCGCAGGCGGAGGUAGGCGGCGGGCCGCCGGAGCCGGUCCAGGCGCAGCCUGAGGAGCCCAGGGAAGUUCCAGUGGCGGCGGCCGGGGCAGCUGGGAUGGCGGAGGUCGCCCGACUGGUGGCGGAGGCUGCGGAGGAAGAGGGUCAAGAGGGCUGGCCCGGGAACGGCCCCGGCCUGGCUGCGUUGCCUCAUGGCCUUUACCGCGUGUUGAGCGUUUGGGAAAUUACUCACCAGUAUCGGCAGCUCUACCUGAUGGCUGUGGUCAGAAUGCAGGAGGCUGAACUCUGCGGGAGAUUUGUGGAAGCCGAGUUUGAUGACGAGUAUCCGUGGAAUCCCCCGAGGAUUGAUUUUGAUGUUCUAGCAGGUAUAACUCCGACUGCAUCUGGAGUGAUUGACCCUCUGGUAGAAGAACUCGGUUGUGAUAAGUUAAUCAGCAGAGAAUAG